AUGAGUGUCUCUAUAAAGAAUCUGUCUGUGCUUCUUCUCUUUAGCAUUAUCUUCCAUUUGAUUUCAUUCACUUUUGGUGAUAGCAAUCUCGAAAAGACUAGAUUCGGUGAUGAUUAUGGUUGUCGUUUUGGACGACGGCAUUGUGGCUUCGGUCCUAGAUUUGGUGGUCGCGGUGGUUUAGGUGGUGGCGGUGGGUUUGGUGGGGGUGGAGGUGGCGGUUUUGGAGGUGGAGGUGGACAUGGUGGAGGAUUUGGUGCUGGAGGAGGCGUUGGUGGUGGUGCUGGAGGAGGUGUUGGAGGUGGUGAAGGAUUUGGUGGCGGUGGUGGUGGUGGCGCGGGUGGUGGUGCUGGUGGUGGUAUAGGUGGAGGUGGUGGUGCUGGUGGUGGUAUAGGUGGAGGUGGUGGUGCUGGUGGAGGAUUAGGUGGUGGUGCUGGUGGAGGAUUAGGUGGAGGUGGUGGUGCCGGUGGAGGUGCUGGCGGGGGUCAUGGUAUUGGUGGAGGGUUUGGAUUAGGAAUUGGUGUUGGUGUUGGAGUAGGAGUUGGUGCCGGUGGGGGAGCUGGUGCUGGAUCAGGAAGAGGAGGAGGUGGUGGACGAUGA